UUGAAAACGCACUUUACCAUUUUCCGACAAGUGUUGUUUCCGAUAUGAAGGGUCCUCAUCUGGUUCUCAUCUUGCAGGGAUUACUUGUACCCAGUGUGGAUGGACAAUGGUCAGCGUGGAGGAGACUUAUGGUUGGUCAGUGUCUACCCAACUGUGAGAGACUGGUCUUUGUCCAGAGACAGUGUACAGGCCCCGCCCCAUCAGGAGGGGGCAAGCCAUGUGUUGGGGUGGACAAGGACACUGUUAAAGAAAUAUGCACGGAAGGACUUUGUUCAAAGGUGGAUGGACAGUGGUCAGCAUGGAGGAGACUUAUGGUUGGUCAGUGUCUACCCAACUGUGAGAGACUGGUCUUUGUCCAGAGAGAGUGUACAGGCCCCGCCCCAUCAGGAGGGGGCAAGGCGUGUAUUGGGGUGGACAAGGACACGACCAGGGAGACAUGUACAGAAGGACUUUGUUCCAAAGUGGAUGGCCAGUGGUCAGCGUGGAGAAGGCUUACGUUUGGUCAGUGUCUCCCUAACUGUGAGCGAUUUGUUUUUCUGCAGAGAGAGUGUACAAACCCAGCCCCAUCACAAGGGGGGAAGUCCUGUAUGGGGAUGGAUAAGGACACAAUUAGAGAAUCUUGUACGGAAGGUGUUUGUUCAAAAGUGAGUGGACAAUGGUCAGCGUGGAGCAGACUUAUGGUUGGACAGUGUCUGCCUAACUGUAGGAGACUAAUCUUUAUUCAAAGAGUGUGCACAUUCCCGAACUUGUCCCGGCGGGACAGGACGCCUUGUAUUGGAGUGGAUAAGGACACCAUCAGAGAAACAUGCACUGAAGGACUUUGUCCAAGAGUGGAUGGACAGUGGUCAGCGUGGAGGAGACUUAUGGUUGGUCAGUGUCUACUCAACUGUGAGAGACUGGUCUUUGUCCAGAGACAGUGUACAGACCCCGCCCCAUCAGGAGGGGGCAAGGCGUGUAUUGGGGUGGACAAGGACACGACUACAGAAUCCUGCACUGGGAGUCCUUGUUUAAGAGUGAAUGGAGGCUGGUCAUCAUGGACUAGAAAUACUAUUGGACGCUGUUCAUCAUUCUGUCGGCGCAAGGUGUCUCUGAACAGAACCUGUACACAGCCUCUCCCCAUAGGAGGGGGGCGUAACUGUCGCGGCAGUAACAGAACUGUUAUCACCGAGGUGUGUGCGAGACAGGGCUGCACAAUGCCUGGAACAUCAUCAGCCAGUGAAUCAGAUAAAACAAACAUGGAAGUCCUACUGAUUUCCGGCAUCACUGGGAUACUUCUGGUUACAACUGUCGUCUUUUUCUUUGGACUGAUACGCCGUAGGAAGAAAACCUUUGACUCCUUCCGUGAAGUGUCUGGAGUUACCAUUAUAAACACGAAGAGUUACCAAGAAAUAUUAAAUGAGUGACGACUCGAAGAAAGACUGGAUAACAUAAUGAAGACGCGGAUAACAUAAUGGAGACGUGGAUAACAUAAUGAAGACGUGGAUAGCAUAAUGAAGACGUGGAUAGCAUAAUGAAGACGUGGAUAGCAUAAUGAUGACGUGGAUAGCAUAAUGAUGUGGAUAGCAUAAUGAAGACGUGGAUAACAUAAUGAUGACGUGGAUAACAUAAUGAUGACGUGGAUAACAUAAUGACGACGUGGAUAACAUGAUGGAAAAGUGGAUAACAUGAUGAUGACGUGGAUAACAUAAUGAAGACGUGGAUAACAAUGACGACGUAGAUAACAUAAUGAAGACUUGGAUAACAUAAUGAAGACGUGGAUAACAAUAGAGACGUGGAUAGCAUAAUGGAGAUGUGGAUAGCAUAAUGGAGACGUGGAUAGCAUAAUGGAGACGUGGAUAACACAAUGAAGAUGUGGAUAACAAUGACGUGGAUAACAUAAUGAAGACGUGGAUAACAGUGAUGAACUGUAUAACAUAAUGAAGAUGUGGAUAACAUAAUGGAGACUUGGAUAACAAUGGAGACUUGCAUAACAUAAUGGAGACUUGGAUAACAUAAUGGAGACAUGGAUAUCAUAAUGAUGAAGAUGUGGAUAACAUAAUAAAGAUGUGGAUAACAUAAUGAAGAUGUGGAUAACAUAAUGAAGAGAGAAUCAAUGGCGGAUCUAAGAGGGCACCCACGGCCUUGCCCCUUCCCUGUUAAAAAAAAAAAAAAAUACGUUUGAGAAUCCGAGAAAUCCCCCAGGAAUGUUUGUGGCCUUCGUCCACAUGUCGUUGGGCCCACUAAAUGGAUUUUCUGGAUCUGCCACUGAUAACGAAGACUUGAAUACCGUAAUGGGGAGUGUGAGCAGUGCUCAAUGUCCUGGGUUUCUGUGAUGUUCAAAUGACCCAAACCACCAUGGUAUUUUUCUAUACAGGACAGUUGACAGUCCUGUGCUAAGUGAGAAGUCCUAAACAGUGCCCUCUUUUGACAGUGCUGCUCAACAGGAGAACACAGUGCCGAAAUGUGUUUUGUUUUACGCCUACACGGAAUUAAGAUACUAGUAGUAAAGAACGUCUCAUAAAUAUGAAUGGAUGUUUAUUUUUAUAUGUAAAAAAAUAAAUAAUAUGUUAAAAAAAAGUGUCUUUAUAAUCUUCAUGUAGUUGUAGUAGUUUAUUUGUGACUCGUAUAAUUAUAUAUAAUGACAUAAAACAUAAACAAAUGGAAGUGUAUUUCGACAAUGUCAUGGUCUUAAAUGUGAUGCAUAUUUUAAAUAUUUUCUACGGUUACAAAGUGCUUUUCUAUUCGGAAAAAGACAGCAAAUGUAUUAAUUUAAAACCAGUAUUUUUUUUUAACAUAUGAUGAGCAAAUAUGUAAAUACAAUGGGCAUAUUAAAUAAAAUAAAUGAAAGUUAUCUUUGAACAAUGUUAUCAUGCUUACACAUACAGCAUUUUCUUUGACGAUUGUUCUCUUGCUCAAUAUCCUUGCUCAAUGAGUAGUUGGUGAGCUGAUACUUGAAAUGUUGUGAUAAGCAGGGCUUCUAGAUUAUGACAGCCCCACUCUCAUGCUGGUCUAGUAAAUAAAUACCAUCAUCAUGCCCGACAGCUAGUAAAAAACUAAGUUGUCAAAUCCUACAUUUGUCUGUUUUGUAAAUAUGACUUUCUUGAUCCACCCACCUACCCAAAUCAAAGGGUUUUUAAACUCUAUCUCCCUCUCUGGGUGACAUACCUGAAUUUGAUUGUAUUUAUUAAAGUAGGGCUAGUGAAUUUAUGAUCAUGGCUAGUAAAUUUUCUAAAUCACUGAUCCCAUGACUAGACUAGUAGUGGAUUUUUAUAAAAUU